GGACAGCGAACGGUGAAAACCAAGACCUAUGAUGCCAACAUGACCGAGGAAGCCCCGCCUGAUGAGCCUGAAAAGGUUUAUCACACCGUGACUACAGGAACCGCGGAGGAAGCCGAGCCCGAGCUGGACUCCGAGUACCUCGACACCAUGAUUGCAGCCGAGGAUCCGGAUGCGUUGGUGGUUCAAGGUUUUGAAGAAGAGCUUGAAGGGUUCUUUCAGGAGACUCCGGAUCUUCAAGAAGCACUGGUGUCGUACCUGGAAGCACGUCAAAAGUUGUUAUCCAAGAAGCGUUCCAGAGGUUUCUGGCCGGUGAGUGCUAACAAAGGCGGCUUCAAGGGAUCCAAAGGAUCCAAAGGCCGCGGCAAGAGCGGCAAAGGUGGCCGGGACCAACUCCUGGCCAGGAUAGCUCGGAGUCAUUGCAGAAUCUGUGGGGCUAAAGGCCAUUGGAAGGCUGAAUGUCCACAGAAGGGUAAAGCCUCAGCAUCGGCCGAAGCGACAACGACUGUCGCCGAAGUGCUCACGGGAGACACCUACACGGUUGCCGCUGACCAAUCUGAAGUUGAUGAAGUCCUCACUCAGAUUCCAGCUGCAGCCAUGGAUCUCGCCGAGGCUCACAUCCUCUGGGAGCCCAUAGAUAAGCAGGCCGAAGCCGCGUGGGGCUCCAUCCAUGCACCAGCCCAGGCUCUCUUUAGCACAACGGCUACCGAUGCCAUCCUCGACACGGGGGCCAGCCGAUGUGUGAUGGGCAAGAGCCUCCUGCAAGGGUUUCUCAACCAGCUGAGCGAGACAGUCCGCAAUCAAGUGAAGAUCAUGAAGAGUGCUGUCAGGAGCUUUCUCCUCAGCACUGUAUCCCGAUCGCUUCCGACAAUGGCUCCGAAGCAUUCCACGGUCGCCAGCUCCCCUCCCGAGACCAAAGGGUUGAGCCUCAGCGUCCGCUUCAGCCGACUCCAGGAUCCGACGUCCACUCUGACUCAGGAGCAAGUGGAAACCAUGCCGCUGGAGCAACUGGGACAGUGCAAGAUCAUGUUCGGGAAAGCCAUGAAGGGACGCCUCUUCGUGGACGCCGUCCAGCACGAGACGGACUGGGUGCGUUGGAUGUUGGACCACAUGUCCUCGAGCACCAAAGCCGAACAUGUGGCCUUCUUAACCUAUGUCCGACGUCACGUAGAAGAAGCAGAGAAAGUAGAAUCCGAUCUAGUUCGCCCAGAAGGGGCUACUGCUUCCGAAGCCUUGGGAGCCAAGGCCGUCCCAAAGAGCCGUUCUCAGCCACGUCCCGAAGCCGAGGUUUGGGAUUUGAUUCAGGAAGACGAAAGCCUUGGAUCCCACGGCCCCGAUCCCAUCCUGCAGGAACAGGUGACAAUGCUCGGAGAGCGUCUGUCACAGAUGGAGGGCAUGAUGCAACAGCUGAUUCACCACCUCAGAGACACAGCCCAAGCACAUUUGGAUGAGUCCGAGCUGUCGAAGAUGCAGCGCAUCUCCAACUUUGUGCCCAGGUCUUCCAAUGGCAGGUGGCACAUCAUCGACAUACCGAGCAUCAAGCUGUGUCGAGAAAACCUCGCCAACUGGGAGGAGACCAAGCCCGACGGUCAGAUGGAAUAUGUGUGGUUAAGUCGAGAGCUUCGCAGCGCAGUGGAGAGCACGCAGAAGAGGAACCCCAAUGCCAAUCCGAUUGCAGACUCAUCUGCUCCGGCUGAUGCCACCUCGACGGCACCACGAGCCGAGUCCGAUCUAGAGGGCUGGGCACCUCCACCGACGAUCCAUAAGAACCUAGGUUUGAGCAUCAAGACCUUUGUAACCGCUGCUGCCUGGCAGCGCGGACGCAUUGAACGCCAUGGCGACAUUGUUAAAGACAUGCUCACGUCUUUCAAGCUAAAAAUGCCCUGGUACGUCACCAAGGAUUUGUCGUCCCAUGCUAUGGCCCUAGGAAACGAACUUGAAGCUGAGAAGCACAGGCUGACAAUUCGCAAGCCAUUCGGCGAGCAGUCCUCCGUCGGAGCACUCCAACUCGUGGAGGGUCAAUCCAUUGUCUGGAUAGCCCACGGAACCACGAUUUUGAGAUGUGCUCCGGAGAACCUCCGUCCAGCCUCACUGCGUGAGUGGCAACAUUUGUCGACAAGUGCGCGCGAAGAGGCCCCCAGCCGUGUAGGAAUCCUAGGAGUUCACGUUGAUGAUGGUGUGUGCGGCGGCGAUGAAUACUUUCACCAAAAGAUAGACGCCCUUCAGAAGGUCCUUCCUUUUGGAAGCCGCAAGCAUCAAAGCUUCGUGUUCACCGGAAUCCAGCUUGAACAAUUUCCGGACUUCUCAAUCCGCGCCUCGCAGUCUGAGUAUGUCCAUAAGAUUCCUCAUAUCGAUGUCGGUCGUCAUCGUCGACAAAGCCCAGAUGUCGCUGUGAACGAAGAUGAGCGCACCAAACUGCGUGGCCUUAUAGGCAGCCUACAGUAUGCCGUCACCCAUACUCGCCCGGAUAUCGCUGCACGAUUAGGGGAGUUGCAAAGCCAAACGACUAGCGCCACAGUGCAAACGUUGUUAGCUGCUAAUAAAGUGCUGAGGGAGGCUCAGGAGUAUCACCAGGUGUGUAUCUUCUUCCGUGCCAUCCCGGUUGAGCAGCUGACUUUUGUGGCAUUCGGAGAUGCAUCAUUUGCUUCCUCCAAGAAUCUCAACUCCCAUCAGGGAGUUUUAAUCUGUGCCACCGAUGACCGCCUUGAUCAGAACCUGGAGGCUCCCUUGUCCCCCUUAACCUGGUCCUCUAAGAAGAUCCCUAGGGUAGUCCGGUCCACACUUUCAGCGGAAGCCUACGCGAUGUCCAAAGCGGUGGAUUUGUUAGGACGGCUAUUGUAG